UUUCAUGUCACUCGUCUGCCGUAUCUUGUUUCCAUUUUAUGAAUUUAGUAGUAGGUUAUAUAAUACAACUCCAAGACUGAUCAUAAUCUUAUAUCGCCUUUUAAAACUGUUUAUAUUUAGUUUUUCUCUUAAAAUCUUGUCAGUCCCUAGUGUAAAUUAUUAGCUUUUGGUAGCGUAAACAGUUUGUACUAAAAUAAUUGAGUUUGACAAUAACCUCUCAACUGUCUUCUGUGAAACCAAUAUUAAUGCUUGAUCAAAGUUGAUUUCUCAUGGGGGAAAAUUCACCAUCACCAUCUUCUUCACCAAAUAAACUGAGCUUAUUUUGGGACUCGUUUAUAAAUGCAGAGAGCAAAUCCUAUGUGAGAGGUGUGUGGCUAGAUGGAUUUUUGGCAGAAUAUCUGAUUUUAUUGAAGGAAGGUCAAAAUGUGAAGGAAAUUCUACCGGCAAGCUUGAACGUUGCUGCUCUGGUGGCCUGCGAACUGUUGUCUGACGUACAUGAGACUUGCUCGCAGCUGGGAAAUGAAGACAAUCUAGCAGCACUCAAAAAGUAUCUGCUCACCGGUAGAGGCUGGAGAUUUCUUGCUGUUCUUAGAUCACUCAAUUUGCAGGAUGUAUCUUGCAGUAAGGAGUUGGCCACUCUGCUCAUCUCACUCUUCUCAGUCAACGUUGAGGAGAGCAAAGUGGAAAAUAGAGCCAGGAAUCCGUACGUGCAAGACUCCAUCAUUUCGGAUCUGUCCGACUAUGUGGACGGCUUGAAGCUUCCAUCAAGAAGAAAGCAUGUCAUAGCGAAUGUUCCAAGCUCCACCGAAAAUGUGAUCUCGUCACCGAAGAACCGGAAGAUCAGCAGCGCAUCGCGGCGACAGGCGAAACUAGCGAGAGAAUCCACCGACACCCAGGACAAACUGGACACUAUGAGCACUGAGUCGGAGGCAGCCAGUCUGGCCACAAACAAGUCGUCCAACCUGCGCAUGCGCAUCGAUCCCAUGGAUUUCGACUACUUCCAGUCCUAUGUCAGAAGUGAGGAUGAUGUUAGAAAGGACAGCGCCAGCUAUUGCCCGAGUGAAGUAUCGCACACGAGAGCUUGCAAACUCACGCCGGAGGCCGUCUUCGACGAUCGCAUAAACGACGUGUUCCAACAAAAGAUAAACUUUUCCGAGUUCAAAAUACUGGUGGUUGACAUUCUGAAACAACUGACCAUGUCUGAGAAUUUGAAUCAGAACGACUGUUCGGAUGUCACCCAGAGCAUUUCGUUUCGAACACUGAUGUUUGCCGUGGAGAAAUUGUGCGAUCUGCAGUUUGGCUCUCCGGCUGGAGACAGUCAGAAGAGUGCCACACUGAAAGCUGCACUGGUGCGUCUCUUGUUAACAUCGUUGACGCGCUUCUUGACAAUCUCCGACAUAACACUGGCUGUCAUGCAGAACGGCAUCGUGCACAUGAUGAAAAAACUUCUGGAAGAUGCUAUCUCGAAAUGCGAAUCCAGUCAGGUGCCCAGUACCUCCAGAGCUUUGAGUGAAGACGUAGACAUUAUUUUCAGCGUUCUGUACGGAUUGAUUAUAGUUUUCCAUCGUUUACUUUUGCAGAAUAACAGUUCACUGGAGAAAUUGGGCCAGUUUUUGUCGAUACUGGGACGAUUCAGUGAUAGUCGAUCAGGAAAAUUGGUCGACAGGACUAUUGAUGUGAUACUGGGGCCCAGCCCUUGCAACAACGAAACUAGUGUCGAGCGAGUCAAACAGAUUCUGAUUUCGGUGAGUCGUCUAGUGACUGCAUUGAAGCGAACUCGGUCCAAGUUGGUGCAUUCUCGACUGUGCAAGCGAAAUCGUCAUAAACACUGCAGCCUGUGGAGUAUAUCUUACCAUCACGAUCAUGUGUUUGGCGAGGUUUACAGUCAGUCGCUUAUCUCGUCCACAUUCAGCUACAAUUGCUGUGUUUCCUCGCUGUUCAUGUCGAUGAGCAAGUGCUUGAAUGUCGACAAUCUAGUUGUUUACACGUUGCAAGCGAUGAUGUCGUGUGGUGGCUGCUGCUGCUUCCCCUCCUCCAUAAUCGUCACAAAACUGUUGCAGCUGUUCCGCAACUGUGAUGCUAAAGUCAGAUGUGUGGCUUUCAUGUUUCUCGAGAAGACACUGUACAGACAGAUGGGUGCUCUACGACCUGUCGAACAGUUUCUUUCGCGUGAAGGUGCCGAGUGCUGCCAAGUGUGCCCUGAAAAACUCAUAUCACUUGUCGACAGUCAUGAAGCGGCGGCGGACAGUAUCUCGGGUAGAAAAUCUUGCCUCGAUACGUUCUGUGAUCUGCUCCUGUCAACUGAUACACAUCUAUCACAUGCUGUCAGCUCCCAUCUUCUCAGAGUUGUACCUCGGUGUAGACCCGAAAUACAGAAGGAAAUGCUCUUCGAUAUCUUUUACCCUGUCUUCCUCAGUGCCAAAACUACCUACACCAGUGAGAGGAGCGAAUCUAGCAAGUUUCUGCUUUUGACAUGCCUUUCCGCCUUCACAAACCUUCUUGUCACCGUCAAGUUCAUGGAGCAGUUCCUCAGCAUGUCGGGACUGAACCACAUUGAGGAUCUGCUGUACGAGCCGGAUUUCAUCAAGCCAUGCUGUGCCGUCAUCGAAAUAGCCAUCCUCGUUCAGGUGGUUAGCUGGGAUGUGUCUGGCCUCGAAAGUGAAGUGCUGAGAGACAAUGAGAUCAGCAUGUCCAACCUUGAUAUACUCCUCAAAUACGUCAACAAUUCAACACAAUUGCUGCUACAGAAUGUAUUGAAACUUGAAUAUGAGUCAACUGAUAAGGAAUCGUCUUCAAAAUCGGAUUCAUCUGAUAAGGAAUCGAAUAGUCAGUCAUCAGAUAAGGAAUCUCCUCCAAAAUCAGAUUCAUCGGAUAGUCAGUCAUCUGGCAAGAAAUCUCCAAAAUCCGAUUCUGGUGCUAGCAUAGCUAUUCGCCGGUUUUUAGACAAAUUCUUCCCGGAUUCUUCAUGUACAGCGAAUAUGAAUUGGUUCUCAAUGACCAACCAUACUCUUGAGACUGCAACGACGGAUAGUUGGGGCAGAUUCAGGUGUCUGCUGGAACAGUGCAUGGUUUUGUGGCGCACCUGUACUAACAUUUGCAUCUACAGUCCGCAGAUGCGCAAAUACUUCUCAAGACAUCCGAUCAGUCAGCAAAGCUUCGACCUGCUUUGUAUGACGCUCGACCAAAUCGGCAUGCAUACGAAUGUUGGAGGUACAAAGUGUAGUGAAAUCUCAGAGAAACUUUUCUCCGCCAAUCAAGAUACCAUCAAACUGUUUGAAUCGCUAUUGAUCCUCAACAUCAUCGCUCCGACUCUUGAUGCUAACUCAGGCACAUUGAUGACUAUAGAAUGCGUGAUGUCGGCGCUGAGAGAGAAGCUGUUGACUGCUCUGAACAAUGGCAAUGUUAGUGCCCGCCAUCUUUGCGAUGUGCUAUUGCGUGCCAGCACUCUGCUGCCCAGCGAGAAGAUAGUCAUACCUCAGCAUAAGAUGCCGAAGCUAGGAGAUGGCAUGUCUUUAUCAGACGGGCUCAAUUCGGAACCGACUUCGAAUUUCGUUGUGACCGACUUUGAUGAAGCUAUGUCCAGUCCCAACUCCACACCUGAGCUGAGUGCUGACGAGGGAUAUGAGGCUGAUGUCGAUGUGCCUGAGAAUGGCAUUGUAGAGGUAAGUUACCCCAUUUCUCAAAUACUCCAAUGUAUGGGCCAGUCUCCUGAUGAGGAAAAUUGUGACCCAGCACUAUUCUCAGCGAAAUUAUCUGACUCUGUUUAUUGCAUACAAAGACUUGGUUCGUUGUGUCAAGAUUCUGAUGAGAACUGUCUCACUCUAUCAGGACAGAACUUCAUCGCGCAACUGAUGAGACACUUCCAGCGUUUCAUUACAUCAGCCAAUCCUCAAUAUCUAGGAAUUCAACAAGCAGUACUGGCUGUUAUUUCGCAUAUAGCGCAGAGAAAUAUUGAAGCACCAGAACUAUCACAAUUGCUACAGCUUUUCACUGCCGACAAUCCAUCAAUGGAUCCUCUCCUUGUAUGCCUCAACAGAAUAGUUAGUAACGUUCGGUCCCAACCUCAGAGCUUCGUGAACUUUCCCACCAACUGCAGAGAAGACGAGAUGCUACCAUCUGCCACCUCGGACCCUGCUGAAAAAAUGGCCAUCAGUCUGAGAACAUCGCAUUCAGCAUCUGGAAUCGAAUCAUCCUGGUCGAAGAGUGCGGCGAUUCUUCCGCUGAAUCAGGAGCUGGGCUGGUCGAUGUGGGCCUCUGGCCUGUCGCUGUCAAUGUGGUUCUCCGUCAGUAAGCCAACGACACACCACCGCUCUUCCGCUCUUAUCUGCGACGCCGAUCUCAACAAUUACAGUCCAGGUGCUGGAGCAAGUAGCUACUCGAGAACUUCCAGAUCAAACGCUGCUUUAUUAACAGCUGGACUUCUCCAUCUUGUCUCCAUUGGCUAUGAAACCCUUACUCUGGAAUUCUGGAUACAUCCUCAUUCAGACAUUUUAAUCGUUCGCCUGAACCGUUUGGAUGAGAACGUGCAGGAAAUUCUAGUGGAGAAGAAAAUCGAUUUGCAUUUGACGAGUGGGGUUUGGCAGCACCUGGCCAUCAAUGUCAAAGACAACUUCCAGAAGCGAAAAGUUAACCUACAGGUUACAUUGAUAUUCAACGGCUGCCAUGAAGUGCCGGUGGAGUUGUCGUUUGUCGGACUGCUGAUACGCAAGUCGCGCUGCACCUGUCUACUAGUUGGCCACAACAACAACAACAGUAGAAGCAACAACAGCAGCAGCAGCAGCAGUAUACAGGGUGGAUGGCAGUUGGGCAACCUGUUGAUGUUCCGUUGCCCGGUGUUCAGCAAGGAGAAGGCGACUUGCCUGAUGGCCUACGGGCCUGACCACUGCUACCUAAUUGAGACGGAAGUCGGCAACACUAGGCCAAGCAUGGCCAGUGUCUUCAGCAAAGGCCCGUUGUCGGCCAACAUCGACUGGGACGCCAUUUUGAACAAUCAAACUGACAUGAUGAGGGAGUUGCAGGAGAGUCUGUUAUUGGUGUAUUCUGCAAGAACACCUCAAUCUGUUUGUGUAUAUCCACAAGUUGUGCCAAAUAAUACAGGAGUGGUAGGAUCGCUGCUAGCAAGUCAGGUUGGGUUUCGCGUGGUGGCUGUGGACGGUCGCGCCGCCCAACAGCUGCCCAUGUGCCUCAGUCCGGCUGUGGUCGCCCCCGCGCUCCGCCCCACCCUGCUGCACUCCUUCCAUCUCGCUUCCAACUCCAUCGGCGGUGUCUCGCUCUUUCUCUUUCUCUUUGCCAGGGUAGUGGAGCUGGAAGCAAGUGAGGAGACCCAAGCGAGGGCUCUGCUCCUUCUGCUCAGAGUUGUCAACAGUAAUGCCGAGUUCUAUUCUCAGUUUUUCUCGCAAGAACAAGACCGUCUGCUCACUCUUGUGCUCACGUCAUCACGAUGCAAAUUGGGCCUCCAUAUUCUCAAGGCGAUCCUGGACGUUGUCUGCGACCGACCCGGGCUACUGGUGCACCAACAGGGUGGCGCUGGCAGCGGUGGUGUCACUGGAUGCCAGUUCCAGGUGUCCGGUCAGAGCCGCGCCCUGCUAGUGGACGGUGCGCUGUUGUCGUGCAGUGUGUUGGCCUGCUGGAGCGGCUGGCAGCAGUCGCACUGCCUCGCCACACUCCUCCAGCUGCUUCUCGUGCUGCUGAGAGACGAUCACCCGCGCCGCGAGUUCAACCUGGCGCAGUUGAACCGUAUCGGCGCGCUUGAUUCGCUGCUCACCUUCUGCAAGGAGAGUCUGGAAGAGUCUGGCAGCCUGCAGGACCGCGAGGUCUGCUUGCACAUAGUGGACCUGGUGCAGUCGCUGAUGAGUGCGCCGCCACGCCACGAUCAGAUAGAGUCGGUGAUGCGACUCCUCGUGUUGGGUCACCCGGCCCACCUCACCUACAUCACGCACCUCUGGAGCAGCUUCUACUUUGUGCUGGCUGCCAAACGGCCCCACAUCCUGCAGCGUCCCAACUUUGUCACAUCGGCGCGACUCAAUAUUCUCGCGCAGAGCUCGAGUGACAAAGCAGAAAAAAUGAAAAAGAAUAGAUCUUUCUUGGCUGGUAAAUACACGUCAGCUCUAGAAACUAAUAAAAAAACUGCCAAUCUUGCUGUUGAUCCACAAAAAUUGAACAAAGCGCUUGCAAAUCUACAGAUCAAAGAAGAGACCAGUAACAGAGAGGAAGAGGAGGAGGAGGAGGUGUGGGUGCAAGAGGCCAAUAAUUACUGUGAUUCUGGUAUCGCUGGCAGUUUCAGAGACUAUUCCGAUCUUGAAACACCUUUAUCUCAGCCGGAUAAGGUCCGGACCGCAUCGAAAGAGAAUCGCUCAACUGUUGCAAAAUCCAUGGAAGCUGAUGGUUCGUGCUCUCCCGCUUCUGAGAUAGUUGAAGGAGACAUCCUCAGCCACAAAUUGCCGAAAAUUGAUGAGAAUUCUCUGCCAGAUCAAACUGAAAAUGUAAAGAUCUUCAAGGUUUCUGAUACUCCAGAGACACCUGUCACACCAGACAACAAGGAUGAAAGUAGAGCUGUGUGCGAAGUCGAGGGCGAGAGUGAGAGAGCAAGCGAUCUGGUGACCGAAGGUCUUCUGCAGCGUCUGCAUGACAUCAUCCUUGUCUUGCCCGAUUCCAACGCCCAAAUCGUCCUCGAACGGAUUGUCAAGAUAGAAGCUCUGCUCGUUAUGGCCAAUCAUCCAAAUGCCAGGAUCAGAAUUGCUGUUAUUAAGAUAGUGACGGCCUACCUGCAACGCGCGACCGACACGGAGCUGAGCCGCUUUCUACGACUGAAGGGCUUCCAGCUGCUGGCCAAUCAGCUGUUUGCACACGAGGUGACACGACCGCUGGCCGCGGCCGUCGUGACCUUGGUGACAGGCCGGCACUGGCUGCCGCUGGCCGAUCAGCUGUUGGCCGACACUGAACCGGUGCUGGUGUCGCCGCUACAGAUGGCCGCGCUGCCCGCCUUGCUUGCACUUCUGCCCCGGGCGGCAGCCGACUCUGAUCUCGGCCUUGCAGCGCAGCUGGUCGCCUUUGUCGAACGCUUCUUCAACAAGGUACCUCAAGCCUUUAGAGCAUUAACAGAUGCGGGUAUUUUGGAAGUGCUAUUGAAAACAUUACUGGCCGUUGCACAUUCCACGUCCAAUGAAGCCAAUCACGUGACUGAUUCCAAUCAAGGGAAGGUUUUGAAUGCCAUACAUUCUUUCCUCAUUGCAAUCGUCAGCCAAACUGUUCAAGGAGUUGGAAAUUAUUAUAUUCAGGUAAUGAAUGAUUUAAUAGCAUUGUUCAACUGUCUUGAGAAGCAGGAGCGCCAUGAUUGCGAUGAUAAAUCAAGAUGCGUUUAUGUGCUUCGCGCCGCCCAUUGCACUUUGCUGGAAACAGCCCUCGCUGUCAUUCAGAAUAAAAUUAGCUUUCAACAGCCAUUGGUGGCUCGAAUCAGGUCUUCAGCAACUGCAUUCUUCAACAAUGUAUUCCAAGCGAACUUCGAAGAGUACGUGGUGGACUCGGGCCGGUACCGGCGCGGCUCGACAUCAAGCUUGAGCAGUUCGCCGGGCGCGAACAGUCUGCUGUCUCCGUUGGCCCCCAGCGGCGCACCCGACAAGACCCGCCUGACGCACAACGACCUAGUCGACCGGUUCCGCACCGUCAUCACCAAAUGCGUCGAGUUUGUCACCAACAACGUGCCCAUCGACGGCAAGUACUGCAACCUCAGCACUCUGGAGCUGCACUUCAUCCGGCGCCUGUUCUCCUGUAUGAUGGGAUACAUUGUGCCGGUGGUCGACCGCAAAUCGGUGCCGAAAACUGCCUGGAACAACACGAUGUGGACGGCGCGCGAGACCAUUCGCAACCAGACGGCCAAACUGCUGGCUUGGAUGCUCUCGCCCGCGCACCACACCAAGGUGCGCAUGUCUGCUGUCAACGCCAUCCGAAACGAGCCCAAGGCGCAAGAUAUUGUGCUCUUCGUCCUCGAUUCCAAUCAGGCAGAAGAAAACGUGAUGCUGUUCUUGUGGGAUCUGGUGAACGGCCAGGGCGCGGACACACUGAGCGACGAACAGCGCAGCGACUGUGUGGAGCUGUGUGACCGCAUGCAGGCGUGGGGAGUGCGCUGCGAUAUGUGUGUGUCCGCACCUCGCUGCGAGGAAGAUGUCGCACUCGCCUGGGAACGCGACAUGCUCGAACAGAAGAUGUGGUGGAAGGCGCAGGAGGCCAAUGCUUAUAGGUGUCUGUUGAAAAUGGAAGGCAUUGUGAAGAGCGUGAGCGAGUGUGCGUUGAGCGUGAUGAAGACGGUCACGGACGACCAGAACUGCGAACGCAAACAGCUGAUGGACCGAAUCAGAACGGAGCUCAGCGAACGCGUCCACACACAGAUGGUCUGGAAGACGGUCGUACGUCAGCUCACGCACGAGCGCGCCGUCUGGUACUUCCCCAAAUCGUAUCCCAGAUCUUGGCAGCUUGAUCCCACUGAAGGACCGGCUAGAGUGAGGAUUCGUCUGCAGAGGUGUCAUCUAUCGAUUAAGAAGAAAUUCAUGAAACCUCAAUUCGUGUAUAAGACAGAGUCGCUAGAAGUGCCACAGCCACUGUCGUACCUGUUUGACAGCGAGGGUCGCGCCAUCAGCUCAAUGUCUGCGUUUCUGAUUGAGAAGCUGCACACCGAUCAGAAGAUCCGCCACAUGGCUACUGCGCGUGUCAUCACGCCUGCCUUGGAGGUGCCCGGAGAGCUGCUCAUCGGUGAGUCGUGUGUCUACUUCAUUCCGAGCUGCAAGGGCGAGCGUAGCGAGAACAACAGUGAUGAUGAAAACUACGAUCUACAUCCACAAGCAGAAGACGACAAGACGCCUUCCAACGAGUUACAUUGUGGUGCGUUGGACAUGUCGGCGCAAGCGUGGCAGUUUGAGGAGAUCAAGGAGAUCCAUACCAGACGUUUCCAGUUGAAAGAACAAGCUCUAGAGAUUUUCCUCUUGAAUGGCAGAACAUUCCUUCUUGCUUUCCAGUCACCAACUGAGCGAGACGAGUUCCAGAAGCAACUAGAGCAAUGCCCGCUGCCGAACCGCGUUCCGAGCGACAACCUGCUGGACGCCGUGCAGCUGUGGCGCGACGGGCACCUCACCAACUGGGAGUACCUGAUGACACUGAACAAGAUGGCCGGCCGCACCUACAACGACCUCAUGCAGUAUCCCGUGUUGCCGUUUGUGCUGGCCGCCUAUCACACGGCCUCGCUCGACCUGGCCGACCCCGCCGUCUAUCGCAACCUGCAGAAGCCCAUGGCUGUCCAGAACAAGGCCAACGAAGCGCAUUACAUCAAGCACUACAAUUACUUCAAACAAGAGAUGCCUGUAGGAUCCGGCUCCACAUUUUCUGGACCAUACCACUAUGGCUCUCAUUAUUCCAAUUCCGGGUCAGUUUUACAUUUCCUUGUAAGACUGCCUCCAUUCACCAGCAUGUUCCUUCAAUAUCAGGAUAAAAACUUUGACCUGCCGGACCGAACGUUUCACUGUUUGGAAACAACAUGGCGACUGAGCAGCAGAGAAAGCACAACCGACGUCAAGGAGCUUCUGCCGGAGUUCUUUUUCCUGCCGGAAUUUCUCACCAACAUUGAAGGCUUCGACUUUGGCGUACGUCAAAAUGGCGAACGCGUUGACAACGUCACUCUGCCCAAAUGGGCGUUCCAAGAUCCCAGGAGAUUCAUUCUUAUUCAUAGACAAGCACUGGAGUCGGAGUUUGUUCGCGAGAAUCUGCCGCACUGGAUCGACCUGGUGUUCGGCUACAAGCAGACGGGCCGCGCGGCCGUGGAGGCGGUGAACGUGUUCCAUCCGGCCACCUACCAGGGCUUCCAGGUGGAGACCGUCGACGACCCGCUGGUGCGCACCGCCUGGCAGACAAUGGUCCGCACCUAUGGGCAGACGCCCCGUCAGCUGUUCAAGCUCGCGCAUCCUAUGUGCGUGCAGUCGCUUGCGCCCAAAACGCAGACGUCGCCGGCCAUACAAGGAAACGUUUUCAGACAAGCACUGGAGUCGGAGUUUGUUCGCGAGAAUCUGCCGCACUGGAUCGACCUGGUGUUCGGCUACAAGCAGACGGGCCGCGCGGCCGUGGAGGCGGUGAACGUGUUCCAUCCGGCCACCUACCAGGGCUUCCAGGUGGAGGCCGUCGACGACCCGCUGGUGCGCACCGCCUGGCAGACAAUGGUCCGCACCUAUGGGCAGACGCCCCGUCAGCUGUUCAAGCUCGCGCAUCCCAUGUGCGUGCAGUCGCUUGCGCCCAAAACGCAGACGUCGCCGGCCAUACAAGGUGUAGCAGGACUGCAGUGGGGCAGCUACGUGGGUAGCCCCACAGAGGCGGCGCCCACGGCGGUGUUACAUCAGCACCAUCGUACGCCAGUGGCCCGUCUCGUGCCUCUCCUCACCAACGAUGUCUUUGGGCUGGCGCCCCAAACCACGCUUCUCCUAGCCUACUCAAAGGAGAAAACGUUGAGCCUGGUGUCGAGUGGUGGGAUGUGCAUCCACGGUGCGGCGCUGAUGUCGUGGGGUCACCCUGAGGGGGUGCUGCGUCUCAAGGGAAAGAAGGAGCAGGCCCCGCAGCCGGCCAUCCGCCCCCCCGCCACCCAGUGGGACGCCAUCACGCAGUGUGUGUCUGUGCCUGACUGCGCGCAGCUUUGGAUCGGCUACUCGUCGGGACGAAUUCUAGUCUACAGGUAUAGAUUCAUUGUCGGCAAGAACACAGUAGAGUUCGCUCAACAGCCGGAGGUGCUCGUUGGCCACUCGAAGGCAAUUCUCAGUCUGGCGCUGUCUCAUGAGUUCAGUGUUGCUGUAUCAGGCGGACAGGACGGAUCAGCCAUCAUCUGGGACAUGAAUCGAACCUCCUACGUUCAGUCGCUGCCCGAUAUCAGCAUGCCUAUCGCUCUGGCCUGUGUGAGCAGUACCCUGGGAGAUAUAGCGACCGUGGGUCACAGCCAGGAGUCGACUCUGCGACUUCACAGCAUAAACGCUGCGUUCCUGGGUAGCGUGACCACGCCCAACCGCAUCACGGCUGUCUGCUUCUCCAACGCCCACGAGGGCGUGUCAAUCAACGUUAUUGCAACCGGCAUGCAAGACGGAUCUGUCAGACUGUGGAGCACAUGGGAUCUGUCUCCAGUUUGUGAAAUCACCUCUCCAAGUUUAACUCAACCAAUUGUCAGCCUGACAUACUCGCAUGACUCGCAGCAUCUGUACGCGUCGGCGGGUGGUGGAGCUGGCUACGUGGUUGUCUGGCAAAGCGGCAACUCCAAGGCGAUGGGCUCCAAGCUGCCCAAGUAUCUCAACUUGACCAACCUCAUUGAUUCUCGUCACAAAUGUCUCAUGCUGGUUGGCCAAUGUUGUCGGCACUUGAUGCAUCAAUGGAAACCCAACCAACAUCUUUCAAUAAUAAUAAUUUCAUCAAAGUGUCUUCUUAUAACGUUUUAAAUGUCUAAUGCCAGCGUCACACUCUUUCCAAGUCACUUUCCAAACGGCUCACUGGCGAGCGAGGCGUAUUAGCCAUCCACACUCUCGCGCUCGUCGACAUUUGACGAGAGUGUGGAGCAUUAUAAAUGUAUAAGUGCUUAUUGAAGUGUCUACCUCUUAAUCCCAUCAAUUUCGGUGUGAUAUAAAUAUCUGAAAGUGCCAAAUAUCCACUACUAUACAGUGAUAUUAAUAUCGUAAAAUAAUUAUUAAUGUUGUGAUUUUUUGUGAGGUGUGAUAAACUACAAGAUAGAAAGGCGAAUAAGAAACUUAAAUAAGUUGCAAGAUAGAACGAAAGAAAGACUGAAAGUAGUAUGUUAACCGGAUCAGAUCAGAUAGUAAUUCUUAUGUAUUAAUUUGGUGAAUGUGGAUUUAGUUAUUUUAUGUCAAAUACCUACUACUAGAGGCUUAAGGUCACGAAUAUUAUAGGAGCUUACAAUGUUUUAUUUUUUUAUUUGAACAAUUUUGACAAACCCUGAUCAAAGAGGGAAAAAAGAAAUUAUAAGACUUCAUUACUGUUCUGUUUAUGAGUGAAUCUAAUUAUUAAUUGAUGUUUUAUUCCUAGUUUACUAUUUUAUGUUCUCCAUUUAAUGUGAUGUAUUUGAAAAAAGGAUUUUGUUGGAUAUUGAUUUACAACGUGCUUUAUCGCAGAAUAGAGUUUCCAAAAACUAGUUAAGAAGAUGGGAAUUUUUCAUGUUAUUAAUUUGUAUUUUCAUGCAUAAAAUUCCACCUAUCAGUCACUCUACAGAUAAUUUCUUUAUGUUUUCUUAGAACCUCAAUUUUAGUGUGCAUAACUUUCUACUAGGGUCUACCAACCCACUAACUUUCUAUUUGUUUUAUUCUACAGCAUUGAUAGGGUUCUAUUAAAUUAGAAAUUAUAAUAUUCUUUUAAGUUUUAUAUUAGAAUGAGAUGACUGUGCCACAAUUAAUUAGGUAUUGAUCGUUAAUCCUGCCAUAUUUCAUAAAGCGUUCGAAUAUUUCUCCAUAUUGAGAAAUAUUGUUAUUAGUUCCACUUCUGAAUAACCGUUAUAGGUAAUUUUCCAUUGCGGACAGUAUUAGUCAAAGAAAGGUUUUCAGUUACAUUUUGGAGCCUAGAGAGAGGCUUGAAAGUAC